CAGAUUACCCCUCAAUUGAACAACACGCUGGAUAGUGGGUCAGAAUAUUCAGCAGAAAAAGUACAAGGUAAAGAGACCGUUGUUUACUAUUAAAAAGAGAAAUGUUAUGAUCGCCUCAUGACUCAAAGGGUAACAAAGCACAAAAAUAGUCCUCUGGGAGGACAUUGAAGACAGGGUGACAAGGCGGGCGGUGGGGGGGGGGGGGGACCUAUCACGCAUCAAGGAUAAAUAAUUCAAAAUAUUAACUACAUUAACAAGCAUUCUAUUAUCACUUGAUCUGAAGAAAUCAGAGGUCGAGAAACGAGAAAAAAGGGCAAGAAGUUUGUCCCAUAACUUUGUAUUUUUAAUGUCUCUGCUUCUAGUUUCCAUUGAUAUUAACCAUUUAACCAUCACGGAAAUUUCAAAGGAAAAUCACGUGUCGCGUAAUAGUAGUGAAAUCUCACGCAUCACGCUGCUAUGCCUAAUCACGCGAUUAAUUUGGGCCCGAUCACGCAUCACGCUGAUUAUUUGGGACCCAUCACGCGUCACGGAAAACCCUUUUCCCACCCUGUGAAUUCUCUGUACCAAACAAAAAAAAGGACAAUGACAGGUACCUAUGGUCCGGAGCAUAAAAGUUUAACGCCGUAGCUACGAGGACAAUUAAUUUUCCUAAGAGGAAAUUUAAGUUAUUUAAUAGUUUGUUUCUCUCAGUGUGCUAUGUUUUUCAAUACGUUUGUUUUCUAUCUUCCAUUGCCAGUAAGUUUUCGGUGGAAAACGUAUGUAACGAGGUACGAUGCUUUGCCGUGACACAUUGAGACAAGUGACAACGGACCCAGUGUCCAUCAAAAACCACUUGCUUUCAAAACAAAAUCGUUCCGCAAGGCAGUCACGUUGUGUAGCGACUUCUUAUUUGUACGUGUAGUAUUUCAAAAACAUGAUUCAGAUAAUUUAUCAUGGAAAGUAUGUAAAUCAUGUGUUACUGUACCUGCCUUGAAAAGAUCACGUGAACAACCAGUGAUUUAUUCGCACGAUGUCCUUCAACCCUCAAAAUACCGUAAAAUUCCGAAAAUAAUCCCCGGGGCUUACAUUUUUCAAAAGCCCUUUUUGAGGGGCUUAUUUUUGGAGGGGCUUAUCUAUGGGGGGAAAUUUGCGUUUCAAAAUCGAUUGGGCUAGCCUUGCAGCCUUUACUUUGUAUUUGAGGGUAAUUUCCAAGUACGACCCCCCGGGGGGCUUAUAUUUGGGGGGGCAAUAUAACGGAGGGUUUUUUCCCUUACGAGUUUCGGGGGCUUUUAUUUGGAGGGCCUUGUUUUUCGGAAUUUUACGGUACUUGAUAGUAAACGGCGGAAAACUGAAUUAAAGCUUAUCUUGAGCAAGGCGAUUUUAAUGACAACAGGGGCACCCAACGAGAAUAUAGUUUAAAACCACUUAAACAUAGCAUUGUUAAACGUAUUUUAGUUUUUAAACGGUAGAUAUAGACAAGCAUCGUCGUCACACUAAAAAAAAUUAACUAAUUCAUUUUUAAAAAUUAUUGGUUCCACACUUAUAGACCGCGCACCGCCAAUGUUGACACCCUGUUUCGAAGGCUUUCAGUUCAGAAAGACACCCUUUUCAAGACAGUUAACAGUUAAAUUGUAAACCCUGUUAAAAACCAUUCCUUUUUUAGCGGCACAUAGCUGUUAAGGCCACAAACAUAAAUGUGAAAGUUUAGGCCGGCCAGUGCCAAACCUUCAAAUAUUUUUGAGAAGGAUGUUUAUGUUAGAGCUUGAAAUGGUAUGUUUCCAUAGCAACCACUCCUAAAGGCAAAAAGAACUAAAAGGAUAUUAAUAGAUACAUAAAUAAAAAAUAACAAUUCUAACAACAGUGAUAAUGUUAAUAUAAUAAAAGUUAUAGUAAAUAGGGCAUUUCUGAAUUCCCCCAAGCCUCUGUUUUAAGACGAAGCUAAGUGUGAAGCCUUCGAUGUGAAAAUGAUUUCUUAUUCUUAGGCCAAAUAAGGGAGUGUACCUGGCCACCCUUUGAAAGUGAGGUUUUUUGGGACUCAGAAAUGGCCUAAUGAAGCAAUUCUUUCUGUUCUUUUCAGGGUUUUCAUGUCAUUUUUAUAGCACGCCAUUUUUGCCAGCUGCCUUUUCAUUUGUGGAAAAGAUUCAAAAACCAGGAGCCUGUUUCAAGGAAGGAAAACAAACCAUAAUGAUAUGGACUAACUUUAUAACUUUGUAA